CCUUUGGAUACAAAGAAAUGAACUUGUCAUUGUUUUGAUCCAUUUCUGUUUUAUUAAUUGAUUGUAUGAUCGCUUUUUUUGUGCAACUAUUUCUGUUUAAUUAUCUAGAAUUGUGUUGACUCAAUGGAUCCUGUAACAUCUCCAAUUUCUCACUUCUAUAACAGUUUUCCAUUAGUUGUAGAAUCACCAAAUUCAGUAAAUUGUGUGAGCAACAAUUUAAAUGGUAAAUCAUUGCUCACUUCUGAUGACGAGAAAAUUGCAACAUUUUUAAGAAUCCGACCAAUAGAUAAUUUUACGAUUGAAGAAUCACCUUAUAAGAUAAUAGACUCUAAUAAAAUUUACAUCGACGAGAAAACCUCUUCCAAUUGUGGUAGUGCGGAAAAAAUUAAUGCAACUCGGAAUGUGUAUAAUUUUACUGAGAUUCUGGAUGAAUCAGUUAAUCAGUUGAAUGUUUUCUCUAAAUGUUGUUUACCUCUGGUUGAAGAUGUUCUUGAUGGAAAUAAUGGAAUUCUCUUUUGUUAUGGAACAACUUCAAGUGGAAAAUCGUUCACCAUGAGAGGACCUCACGAAGAUCCAACAGUUAAUCCUGGACUGAUUCCAUUGUCGCUGAAGAAAAUUUUCUCCUCCCGUAAAUUCAUGGUUGAAUGUAACAUUGCCAAAGCAAAAUUUGAUGAUGUAAUUUUGACUGACCAAAAGACUCAAGAACUCUCUAAACUAUUGAAAGACUCAAUUCUUUCGAGUCCAUUUUGUCGUAAUGUUUCAGCUUCUAGCACGGUUGAGAAAAAAGAUAAUUUCAAGGAUGAUCAACCGCUUUAUAUUUGUUACCUCUCUUAUUUUGAAAUUUACAAUGAUCUCAUUUAUGAUCUUUUGGAUUCGUCUUCGUCUGGUCGAGAGUAUCCUUUAUCCUUGUUACCUGAUGAUACUCAAAGAUAUUAUGUUAAAGAUUUGAAGUCAAUUCUUGUUUCAUCGCUUUCUGAAGCUCUUAAGGUCUACAAGUUUGGCUGGAAAAAUCUGCAAAGAAACAUCAAACUGAACAAAGGAUAUAAUCAAAGUCACUCAUUUCUCCACAUCACAUUAGUCAAAUUCGGUCUAAAAUUAUUGGAUCCUCAAGUCUCACAUUUUGUUCUCGGUGAACUCUUUGGAUGCGAGCAAGAGGAUAGCCAACCUAAAGGACAUUGUGGGCCAAAUAUCAAUAUUCCUUUGAUGAAACUUAGCGAAUGUAUCAAUCAAGCCAAAUUGCGUCAGAAAAACCUCAAUCGAAAUCAUGUUAUCCCGUUUCGUAACUCAAACCUGACUAAAUUUUUCCAGCCUUAUCUUACUGGCACCGGAAGAGUUGUGAUGAUCAUUAAUAUUAAUCCUUCCCCUGAUCUAUUUGGUGAAACAUUGCGAUCUCUAAGAUUUGGUACAACUCAAUUUUAUUCUCAUUCGAUGGACACAUUUAAACCCACUGAAUCAAAACAGAAAAUGAUUGUCGUUACCACAAAAUCUUCAAAUGAAAUUAUUACUGAUGAAAACACUAAUUUGAUCCAGACGAAGAGAGAAGCACUGAUUCGUGCUGAAGUAAUUAGUGAAUUUAAACAAUUUCUUGAUCAUCAAUCGAUGGAACAUGAAAAAGAAUGUAAAAUAUUACGUUCUAAGUAUGAAGAAUUACUUGAAACUAGACUAACAUUAUGCAAAGAAAAGCAUCAAGUAAAGAUUAACAAUAUGCAAAUGAGAAUUGACAAUUUGAUUAAUUUGCGAGACACUAUCAUUCAACCUGAAAGAAUAUUCAACAAUAACGAUUGUCCAACUAUUGUAGAAAAACCUAAAGUGACCAAUUCAGAUGAAACAUUUCCCAUCAAAUCGAAUCAAAUUUUAACCACUGACAAAAUUAAAUCUAAAGAUGACAAAAGUAAGAAGAAACGAAGAAGAUUCAAUGGCAAUAAAAUUAAAAAAAGUUCGAAUGAUCUUUUAACCUCAACCAACGAGAACAAAAAGACGAAAAAAGUUCUGAAACAAUCGAAGACAAAGAAAAACUGAUCGCUCAUCUCUCUUUUACAAUGUACUUUCAUUAUUCUAUUAAAAUUAAUGAUCAAAUUUCAA